UCUUGCCCUCCCUUUUCGUUCCACUCUUUUUUCCUCAGGGGAUUUUGAAAGAUCAUUAUCCCUUCACUUGCCUUUUUCUACUGCGGUUCUUGCUUGUGCCUCUAAUAGAGUGUCUCAAUUGUUGGUUAAGGGUCAUCCUUCGAUUGUCACUGUAUUCUCUGCUUGAUAGUUUGCUUUCGCGCGAUGAACUAAAUUCAAUCAUACGAUACAUCUUUUUUGAAGUACCGGGAGUAUACCACCCAAUUGGCGGAAUUUGAAACAAAAUGAGUGUGGUUUUUAGGAAAAUCCAAGCGAUCCAAGAUUCGCUCUCCGAUGAUGCUUUAGCACCGCUUAAGAGCUACAAGUAUCAGAGUGUGGAUAAGUCUUUUAUCUCUAGAUAUGUCCUGAAGCACUACUGGAAUGCGUUCGUCGAACUUUUGCCCAUGUGGCUGGCUCCUAACAUGGUAACCCUUUUGGGUUUCAUGUUCAUUGUUGGCAAUGUGAUGCUCAUAGUGAUUCUUAUGCCUGAUCUUGUUGGACCUGGCCCCUCCUGGCUAUAUUACAGUUUUGCCUUCGGCAUGUGGAUGUACUCCACGCUGGAUAACGUUGAUGGAAAGCAAGCCCGGAGAACAGGGACCUCUAGUGGCCUUGGGGAAUUGUUUGAUCACGGAAUUGAUUCCUUGAACUGCACUCUCGCUAGUUUACUAGAGACCGCAGCAAUGGGGUUCGGCUCCACGAAACUCGGCGCCUGGACAGCUAUUGUUCCCUGCCUCGCGAUGUAUUUCUCCACCUGGGAGACCUAUCACACGCAUACACUUUAUCUCGGCUACUUCAAUGGCCCUACCGAGGGCCUCCUCAUUGCAAUUACUUUGAUAGUAGCAUCAGGCAUUUACGGUCCUGGAAUAUGGUCCCGGCCCAUAGUCGAGUUCUUGAAUUUCCCCCAGAUCUUUGGAGAUAAUUCGGUGAGGGACCUUUGGAUCCCACUUCUUCUCUCCUCCUUCUUUUUGGGUCAUUUACCUGGUUGUGUCUACAACGUCGUUGCUUCUAGGAGGAAACAAAAUCUUCCUAUAGCACCAAUCUUUAAGGAGUGGGUACCAAUGAUCGUCUUCACUGGAUGCAACUUGGCUUGGCUUUUCUCUCCCUAUUCGAGGAUAUUGGUCGAUAACCAUCUGGUUCUGUACUGUUGGGCCAUCUCGUUCGUUUUUGGACGGAUGACCACGAAGAUUAUUCUUGCACAUUUGCUGAGACAGCCCUUUCCCCAUUGGACAGUCCUGCAAACUCCUCUGGUCGGAGGUGCCAUUCUAGUGAACUUGCCCUGGAUUGGUUUCCCCGGAAUUAGCGCAUGGGUAGAGCUCCUGUAUCUGCGAACCUAUCUUUUCUUUGCCUUUGUCGCCUAUAUGCACUGGGCAUUCUUGGUCAUCAACCGAAUCACGACAUUCUUGGGCAUCAAUUGCUUGACGAUCCGGCGCGACCGGUCAGCCGCAAGGGAGCAAGCCUAUCGUGCCCUUGGAGAGGGAAAUCCCGAGACUUCUGAUGGUGGGGUUGAUCCGAACAAGGGAGGCUACAAAAGUCAUUAACAUUCGUUUAGCAUGACCUGGUUAAGUUAAUUGUGGCUGACCAACUUUCUAUUCCGCCACGACACUUCUUAUCGGCUCGUUAUCUGUUCGACAGUCAAUCGUGACAGGAACCUCCUUCCCAACUCACUUAACUCGGCUACACGGUACCCCUGGUAUUUUCGAGAAGCCCCAUUUUCUUCCCACUUCCCGGGCUGCGCUGGUCUGGUUUGGUGUCGCUUGCCUUCUCAACUAUAUAUACUUUCUGUAAUUAUGCUUCCAAUGGCCUCUAUAGAUACGCCGCCGGGCGGACUUAUGAACUUACGACUUCUGUGGAUGGCUCACGCAAGAUUGACUAUGAAGACAGGUUAUGGAUACAAAGCUUCUGGUGAUAUAUAGAUAGCAUAAUGUUAAUGCCAUUAGAUUUGUACCAUGCAUACUAGUUUUCCUCUUUGUGUCGGCUAUAACCAUGUUUUAAGAGGAGGGCUUAUGUUCUGUGUCUCUUUAAUGGAAGAGUGUUCUGUUAUAACAUCUUAU